AUGACCAAGUUUCAAUACCGUCGCCUGGAUGAAGCUGCGAACGAGAUCCGAGUCAUCACAAUAUGGCCUGGACGAUUUGACGACCCUAUCAAAAUCGACAUCACCCAAUGCCCACUCAUCCCACCACCUGUUCAAAGCGACUCAGGCCCACUUUCUCUCGAUGAGAUAAACAAAACUCUGUCUGAUGAUUCACCUUGGGAAGCAUUCAAUACACUGGAAAGCCGUAUUCUCUUCACCAAUGAUGAUACGGGUGAAACUUCGUGGAAUCAUCCAGACCCGCUCGUGGAUCCGUGUCUUUAUGACCGAGAAAGCAUUCAGAUGCAAUCAGCACAGCCUGCUUAUGAGGCACUCUCAUAUACUUGGGGACCUCAGGAUUCUUCUUCUACCGUGGCAGUCGAAGCCAUCACUGCUACAAACGAAAACCUUGGACAUUUACAUCUAGGGUUCUUAACAAUCGGUCAAAAUCUGGAUGAAGCCCUGCGCCAUCUCCGAUAUCCUCACAGACCUCGCACAAUGUGGAUUGACGCAUUAUGUAUCGAUCAAAGCAACAUUGAAGAACGCAACCACGAAGUCAAACGCAUGGGUGACAUUUUCAGACUUGCCACAAGAGUCGUUGCCUGGAUAGGACCAGCCUACGAAGGAAGCACUCUGGCCCUGUCGACAAUGAGAGAGAUUUCUCAGCAUGUCGUCUGGAAAUCAAGCGGGGCAUGUAAACCCAGGCCAGGCUGUUCCGGCCACUCUUGGCAUAAUUUCUCAAUCCCAUUACAAUUGAACAAAUACGUGGAAAUCGCCGUCGCAAGUCUAUUCUCUCGGUCUUGGUUCCGCAGAUUAUGGGUCCUUCAAGAAAUUCACCUGUCGAGUCCCUCAUCUGUUAUUCAAUGCGGGAAGGAAACUAUCCUGUGGACAGAUCUGCAGGGCACAGCUAUGGUCUUACUCUCAAAACAUGAUGAUGGAACAGCAGGAAGGUUGCGGCGCCAUUUGUGGGAAAUGUCGAGGAUUUGCUUCUACUCCAAGGGGAUCAAACUUGAUGAUCUCCUCUGGAAAUAUCACGAUCUUGGUUGUCAGCUUCCACAUGACCGAAUCUACGGUUUGAUGAACCUUGCACCGAAAGGGUGGUCGAACAGAAUCGAACCAGAUUACUCACUGCCUGUUCUAGACGUCUAUAGAGAUGCUCUCAUGGCUUAUACGCAUCAUUAUGGCCGUCUUGAUCUUCUCCCUAGAACAGGGGACAAUGGAGCAGGAACUCUUUCGUCUGAUGAGCACUGGCCGUCUUGGGUUCCUGAUUGGACCGCACGAGUGCUCGACACCGUUCCUCCAGCGAAUGGUUUCAACGCAGCGAGUUUCUCCCCAUCACAUACUGUUCUUCAUAGUCCGAAUGAAUUCGAAGUAGCAGGUGUCCGUUUGGGGUCUGUUACCCAUACAUAUCGGUUCGAAAUCAGUAGUUUCACAGAACUGGCAGAGUACCUUAAUGAAUUAGGACUCGAGAAAAUGAUGCAGAAGGAGUACCUUUCGGGGGAGACUCUUCUGGAUGCACAUCUACAUGUUCUCGCCCACUCGAGGUUUAAGGGUCGAUACCCUGCCAGUGGAUGUCCUACGCUUGAACAGUUCCGCGAACAUAUUCUAGACCUAGCCCAGGGCAGGGAGAGCCAGUAUGACUUGACGCAGUAUGAAAGCAAUGUCAUAGUUGGAUGGCAGGACUCGUAUUGCUUUGUUACUAGUGAUGGCUAUCUUGGACAUUGUCGAACACGGGGAACGAUACAGCUAGGUAAGGCAUAUGUAUCCUAUAGAGUUCACUUGCUGACGUUCGAUUCAUCAGGUGACCAAGUAUUUAUCCCGCUCGGAUGUCAAGUCCCAAUACUCAUCCGGCCUACAGCAGACAACAAACACAGAAGUCUUGGCGAUUGCUUUGUCCACGGCAUCAUGAACGGAGAGGCUCUCCUUGGUCCUCUACCUGCAAACUACAGUGCCCAACAAAGAGCCGGUCCUGACGGAGUUAAUCGGACUAAGUUUCUAAACAACUACACUGGCGAACACACAAUAGGUGAUCCUCGACUCGUGCCCAUACCUUUUCCAGAUGGUUGGCUCUUUCACGAAUGGGGUAUGGAGGUCGACGAUCCUGACUAUUGCCCUCUAUUUAGCAACAGAGAAAUAGGGAAGGUUGUAGCCUAUGAUCCGAGGAUGACUGUGUGUGCUUUGAUGGAAAGAGGGGUUAAUAUACAGACUGUAAAUCUUGUAUAG